UCUUACCCUGUUAGUCUGCUACCCUGUUGUUUACUGGUUGUGUAUAUGUAUAUUUCGCCUGAAAUGUACAACAUCACGUUGCAGCGUGAGGCAGUUUCAAGUUGACUAAUGACAAAGUCAAUCAUAUGCAUACACCAGCACGCGCCUAUAAAUGUGGACAGAGUCGUGUAUUGAUCUGUAUGUCGAGGUAUCUCUCUUGUGCUCCAGCAUCAGCCCAGAAUCCCACACCAACCCCACACUGGGUAACGUUUACGCAUUUUGACCCAAUAUGACCAGUCGAUCUUCUACUGGACCAAACAAGCUAAAGUCGUGCCCUAGGGAAGGACUUUUGUGAUUCACGCUCCUGUUUACUGGGAGGGGGCGGAGAAUCAUCCAUGAAUGCCAGUACGCUUACAGAGCCUAUUUCUACAACCCCUAAACCUAUGAUGGGAGACGAAAUCCAAGAAACGCCUACUGAAGCAGGUGCCAUCGCUGGAGCUGUGUUCGGUAUUGUUGUAUGUCUGAUUAUCCUGGCUGUAGCCGCCUUCAUGUACCGCCGACACAAAAGAGAGAGGGAGGAGCUGAGGCGAGCCAAACGCUCUCAGAUGUCAUCCAUGUUAAACGCUGGGGUGUAUAUGGAUACUACCACAACAGAUAGUCUAGUCCCCACCCAUGUCGUGACGGGGCCACACUCAAACCCCCGUAACAGUGCCUACAAAUCUCUCAACACACAACCUGAUCUGUUCGAGCAGGACUCAGACGACGAAAUUUGAGACGCCUCACUUCCCCUUGAUCCAUAGUCCCGAGUUUCCUCUGGCCUUGACACCAUGUCUGGUGUAGGUGUCAGGGUCAGAGGAAAGUCGGGCUACUUGAUCCAGUGAUCAGUAACAUGGAUUAUGCAGUUGUACGUAAACAUGGUCAAUUAUGUCAAAACGUGUGAGCAAGUGCAAUCAACACUUAUAAAUGAUAAUAAUGAUAAAAUCAUACGAAGAAAACAUGUAUAUAUGUAAUAUCAAUUCGUAGAUACACACAUGAAGACAUGCAAUCACGUGUAAGCCAAUGCUUGGCAACAACUUAAGAUCAUACCCUACAUGUGCUAUUUGAUGACGCAAUGUAAAAUGAAAGACAGAAAAAACCGUUCUGGGAAAAUGAUCUGGUGAUCAGUAACAAAGAAACAUUGUCUGUCCGUGACGUCAUGAUGUGCCAUAUAAUUUCUGUCCUUGGCGUCAUGACGUCCGAUACAAGUGUCUCUCCGUGACGUCAUGACAUUUCAUACAAAUUGUCUCUUCAUUACGUCCCAUAUAACUGUCUGUCCGUGACGUUAUGGAGUCUCAUAUAAUUGUCUGUGACGUCAUGAGGGUAUCACAUAGUUGUCUGUCCGUGGUGUCAUAACGUCCCAUAUAAUUGUUUGUCCGUGACGUCAUGACGUUCUAUAUUAUUGUCUUUGACGUGUUAAAUAAAUUGUCUGACAUCAUGACGUCCCGUAUUAUUGUUUGUCUCUGAGGUUAUGACGUUACAUAACAUAAAUUUAUAUAUGCGUGUGCACAGGAAAUAGGAUUAACAGAAUAGAAAUACAAGUAUGAUGGAUGCCAGGUAGUUUUAUUGUUGUAAACUGGAGAAUACUCAUCAUUAUUGAACCACGUGUCUUAGUUAUAUCUAGCUUUUCAUUGUUUUCUCAUUUAAUAUGAACAAUAUGUCUUUUACAAAGAAACCAUAUUGAUUAAUUUACAAUGACACAAUAUUUUGUAUAUAAAAAUAGUGAAAGUAUGUUUGUGGAUGUAAAAUCUCCGUUAGGAACCAGCCAAUGAGUAUGUGAAAUUUGAAAUAAUGCAGCUUGAUACAAUUUUGAUAAGUCAACCAUGUUAUUGUUUAAUCAAGUGUGGAAAUACGUAGUUGCAAACAAUUAUGGUAGAAAGAGAACCAGAUUCGUCUUUUUCAUUGGGUGUAAAUUGUAUGUUGAUUUUGAUUAAACUGCGAUGUAAUGCGUUAAGUGUCCAGAUCAGGUACGAAUCUGAAAGCUUUCGAAAUGAUGUGUAUUAUUCAGUAAUGGAUGUGUCUGGGCUCCUGUCAAUACUAUGAACAGCAAUACACAAUGCAUUUUACAUCCUUUCAAGCGGAUGGAACUUUUAAACAUAGCGACAGCUUAGAUUACCGACUGUAAGUCGGAAGCGAAAGCGAAAAACUUUGUGAUCAUUUUAAUUCAAUUUGUGAACCAUUGUUAUACUGGGAAAAUCAGAAUUCAUAUUUAAUACAUGGUAUACAUGGAAAAUCGCGCUUUACAAUUAUUGAAACAAUGUAGAAAUAUUGGAAUCAUUAUAUUCAGUAUUAUAUAGGUAUACAAAGUAAGCGGACAUUUCAAUCGCCAGCAGUGCCUUAGUAAUGCCAAAAAUAUAUACUGUAGGCUGCGACACUUUGUGAGUCACGUAAUUUACGAUCACUAGAUAUAAAUAACUCGCAUAUAUUUAAUCGGGUCAUUAAAGAAUAUCAUUUAUCGGUUAUUAUAAUCUCAAAUCCAAUUUUCGUAAAAGAAAUACGACUCUCUUUCUGUACAUGGUGUAUGUAUCGUCCUACAAUAGGCUGUACUGUAUAUGUAUCGUCCUACUAUAGCCUGUACUGUACAUGGUGUAUGUAUCGUCCUACAAUAGGCUGUACUGUACAUGGUGUAUGUAUCGUCCUACAAUAGGCUGUACUGUACAUGGUGUAUGUAUCGUCCUACAAUAGGCUGUACUGUACAUGGUGUAUGUAUCGUCCUACAAUAGGCUGUACUGUACAUGGUGUAUGUAUCGUCCUACAAUAGGCUGUACUGUACAUGGUGUAUGUAUCGUCCUACUAUAGCCUGUACUGUACAUGGUGUAUGUAUCGUCCUACUAUAGGCUGUACUGUACAUGGUGUAUGUAUCGUCCUACUAUAGGCUGUACUGUACAUGGUGUAUGUACCGUCCUACAAUAGGCUGUACUGUACAUGUUGUAUGUAUCGUCCUACAAUAGCCUGUACUGUACAUGGUGUAUGUAUCGUCCUACAAUAGGCUGUACUGUAUAUGGUGUAUGUAUCGUCCUACUAUAGGCUGUACUGUACAUGGUGUAUGUAUCGUCCUACAAUAGCCUGUACUGUACAUGGUGUAUGUAUCGUCAUACAAUAGGCUGUACUGUAUAUGGGGUAUGUAUCGUCCUACAAUAGGCUGUACUGUACAUGGUGUAUGUAUCGUCCUACUAUAGGCUGUACUGUACAUGGUGUAUGUAUCGUCCUAAUAUAGGCUGUACUGUACAUGGUGUAUGUAUCGUCCUAAUAUAGGCUAUACUGUACAUGGUGUAUGUAUCGUCCUACAAUAGGCUGUACUGUACAUGGUGUAUGUAUCGUCCUACAAUAGCCUGUACUGUACAUGGUGUAUGUACCGUCCUACAAUAGGCUGUACUGUACAUGGUGUAUGUAUCGUCCUACUGUAGCCUGUACUGUACAUUGUGUAUAUAUCGUCCUACAAUAGGCUGUACUGUACAUGGUGUAUGUAUCGUCCUACUAUAGGCUGUACUGUACAUGGUGUAUGUAUCGUCCUACAAUAGGCUGUACUGUACAUGGUGUAUGUAUCGUCCUACUAUAGGCUGUACUGUACAUGGUGUAUGUAUCGUCCUACAAUAGGCUGUACUGUACAUGGUGUAUGUAUCGUCCUACUAUAGGCUGUACUGUACAUGGUGUAUGCAUCGUCCUACAAUAGGCUGUACUGUACAUGGUGUAUGUAUCGUCCUACAAUAGGCUGCACUGUACAUGGUGUAUGUACCGUCCUACAAUAGGCUGUACUGUACAUGGUGUAUGUAUCGUCCU